AUGGCCCGCCCGCCCUCAAUCUCGCUGCACCACGGCGCCGCCGCGUGGGUCCCGUUCUCCUUCCUGCCGUUCUCCUUCGAGUUCCGCACGCUGCCCAUCCCAUCGACGCUGCUCAACCUGCUCGACAAGAAGAAUGGGACCCUCUUAAAAGUAUCGCUGGAAGACGGCAAGACGCUGCAGCUGAUCUCGAACGUCACCAAGUUCAAGCAGAUCUCACAUCCAGCGAUAUGGGUAGCCGAUGGAGGAUGGCACAGCCUGUCUCUGAGAAUUCGAGGCUCGCGGCUUGAGGUCGACAUUGACGGGUUUACCGUUUUGUGGCUGGAAGGUUCCGAGGUCCGCCGAAUCUCGGUGCAACUGUCGUCGUUGGUGCUAGCAUCUGCUGGCUGCUAUCGGAGCACCACUGUCGAUUUCGCGACCGUGCGCACCGAGGGGAAAGUGGAACGGAUGAAGUGCGGCAUGGUCGACCGGUGUUUGCCGAAUCCCUGUGCUAAUCGAGGGCUGUGCUCGCAGACGUCGCUGACCGAAUACGAGUGCCAGUGCGAGAAGGGGUUUUCCGGAAAUAAUUGUCACACUUCCGAGCACUACCGUUCCUGCGAGGAAUGGUUCUUCUUCCGCGAUCGCAAAUUCAAGAAAACCGAGCCGAGCAAUGCAAAGACCAGAAAUAUCACGGUUGAUAUCGACGGUGGUUCGAGAUUGACGCCCUUUCAAAUGCAGUGCAAGCGGGACGUGGAUCCGGUCGGGAACGUUAUUGUCACGUCCAUGCUCGAGCACGACAUGAAAACGGCGCUCGUCGUGAAGGGAGAGCAAACGCCGGGCGCGGUCAAGCGCGCGCUCGACUACGGCAUUGGGGAGGACGAGCUGGACGGGCUGGUUGAAGGUUUUGAUGAGUGUCAACAGUGGAUGUCCUACGGAUGCCGCGGCGGAGCCAAGCUGAUGACGUACAACGACGAGCGAACGCCUUCAAGUUGGUACGCGACGCGCGGGGAUAAGCACGCCUUGCAGUGGGGCGAGGCCCCGCCCUAUUCGCGAAUGUGCAGCUGCGCGGUCAACUCGACGUGCACGCACAAUCGGAUGUGCAACUGCGAUUCGGGGGAAGAUGGCGUAGACGCGGGCUGGAAUCCGUUUCCGCAUAUUCUGCCCGUCACCACGCUAUUCUUAGGCGGCACCACAGCCACAUCGGCAAUCAACGUGACGAUUGGCCCGUUGAUAUGCCGGAAUAAAAUGGUCUUCGAGCCCGUCACGUUCAUCUCGAAGAACGCGCGACUUGUCGGGCAGAGCCGUGCCCCAUCCGAGCACUUUUCACUCCUUUUCCACAUCCGCUUCACCCAUCCGCUGCUCUCAAUCUUCACCUGGGAGAGCGUCGACGGGCUCCACUGGUUCCAGCUCUACGUCAAGGGUGGUCAACUCGUCGGCGAAGUUGUGAAUGGGGGCGAGACCGUGACGCUGACGACCCGCGACGCGUUCAACGACGGGAAAUGGCAUGCCGUGUAUUGGGAAGCCGACCAAUUGGGGAUGCGGCUCAGCGUCGACGGCGCGACGGCCCACUACAAGGGCCUGCUGCUGCUGCCCAGCGUCCUCGAGUGGGUGUUCGGCUCCCGUGAGGGCAAGGGGCUCACCGGAAUGGCCGGCGUGCUGCGGAACAUCUACCUAUGCGGAGACGAGAUCGUGCUAGCCAAUGUUGCGCGGAAGGGGCCGAUUCAGGGGAUACAGAUCGGCGAAGUGGGCCACUGCCAGCCGGGCUACUGCCACAACGGCGGCCAAUGCGUCGAUGGGUUCGACUCGUACCGCUGCGACUGUUCGUUGACGCCGUUCGGAGGGAAUGACUGUACUCGGGAAUACGGUAUGUGGGUGCCGCUGAACUCGUCCCUCGAGAUCCCCUGGCAGAACCCGGCCCAGCAGGACGUUUGCCAUCGGAUAGCCAUUCAGACGGUGUCCUCGAACGUCUCGCUGAUCCACGGCCACGCCCUUUUUUCGAAGGCCCAAUUCAACUUGACGAUUGAUGAAAAAGGCCACCUCGCACUCUACGCCUGGGACGGGGUCCGCUCGACGUAUCGUCGCGUGGAAAGGACUACAAAACUUGACGACGAGCGGCUGCACGACCUCGAGCUGUGCGCGAACAAAACCGGGCUUCGGCUCGGUCUCGACGACGCGCACCUCUUUACGCUCCAGGGCAAUUGGACGUUCUUCGAGGCGCUGAACGUGUGGCAUCUUCUCGAUAACAACUUCACCGGCUGCGUGUCGCGCCUGCGCGUCGGCAACUCGUUUCCCCUCAAAAACGCGCGGGCUUCCCGGCUGAAGUACACGGGCCAGAUCAAGUUUGGCACGUGCCCGAUCAACAGCCUCGAUCUGAUGCCGGACGAGCCGAGCAGCACCCCGUUCGACGAGAUCUCCAUCUCGUCGGUGGUCCGUGGACGGGCGGCCGUCAUCUCGUUGACUUCAAUCGGUGGCGCGUGCCUGGGUGGUGUGUUGCUGCUGACGCUGUGCGUACUCGUCUGCUGGAUGCGCUCGCGGCCCGAGGGCGUCUACAAGACCAACGAGGGCGUCGAGCCGUAUUCGGGCUCGGGUUCCCGGUCCGAGGAGCCGCUCGUCCAAAGCACCCUCUCCAACAAGGAAUAUUUUUGC